AUGGUGCUCAGUCGUAAACGCGCCCUCUCGCUCGACUCUUCAGAUUUUGUAAAACCUACGGCGAAACGUGUAUGCCGUCAAUGGCUACCUCAAUAUUCACCGGCUCAAACGAAGGUCGACUGCCUCGACACGUCGCGGAGUCUCACACCGUCGGCUCCUAUUCGCACGGUUGCAUCGACGACCUCAUCAUUAUCUUCUCCUGAUGCACCCCCUUUGCAAGUCACAGAUAAAUCUGAGUCACCACUCUUACUAUCCCCAUCUUCGCCUUUUGAAUGUUUAUCGCCGUCACUGUCUCCGGCUUCAUUGCUGCUCAGCCUGACACCUCCUUCCUCUCCACCUACUGUCGCAUCUGUUUCGUCACCGCAUACUGUACCGAAUGCUCUUCUUUCAUCAGAGAACGCUGAAGCACUCCCCACAUGUUCUUUCGCGAAUGAUGUUACGGCCGACGAAGAAGCACGCCUCACAGCGCGCUUCCAAGACGAUUUCAGGCGAAUCUGGGCUGGCAGUUUGACUAUUAUGCAGGCAUCAACAGGUUUUUAUGACCUCAUCGUUCGCCUUGGUCUAUGGACCGGAACAAGGAAGGAGUGUGUAACGCUAACACGUGCCCACCCUGACCUUGCGAAAGUCUUUCACAGAGUCCUUGAUACCGGGGACUUCCACGAAAUAUCUUCUCAUCCUGCGUUCCAUAAUCCAUUGAGCCGCAUCAUCGACAAAGUCAUCUGUAGUGUUGACCAUGUCUUCGCUUCAAUCCGGGGCGGAAACCUUCCCUCUACGUCCUUUCCUCCUACGAGUGUCAAUCCUAGAACCACUAGUCAUCUCGAGGACCUCGAUGGUCCGAAUGCUGCCAGUGACAUUUUGGUUGCCGAGGAGCUCAUGUACAUGAAAAGAGGCUACAUCACGGCGACAUCGACACGAAAGACGCGCCUGCUCCUCCAGGGCCUUCUACAGUACUGGGGCCUUUAUUUUUCCUUCUCCACAACUAGCGCUCAGAAUCAAGCUGGUAUUCCGUCGACAUCUCCGGACCUCGCGUUUGCCCUCAAACUACUCAGACGCUUACGGGCUUCAGCCGCGGCCGGCGUCGACACGUCUCAUUUAGUCGACAAAGUUUUCUACGCGCUCUGUCUCUCUCGGAUCCUCGUCCUUUAUCACUUCCUGGACAGCCUUCCAUCAGAUGUCUCCGAGAGUCAAGCCCACAGAGAAUGGCUUUACUUCCAACUCGCUCCACCGCGGACAUCGGCGGGCGUCGAUAUAUUCACGGCCGUCUUGGAGGGCAUUGCUGGAGGAGACGUGGACGAUUUGCGGAUGAUUGCGGAACGUAUAUUAUCUGCUCUGGGCUGGAGGAACCACCAGUGGUUCACUCAAUCACUCUAUGGAACUUAUGCGGAGGGUGUGGAGGGAGGGUUCUUUGUCGAUCAUCUGGAAGAAGUGCACCCACCACUAUAUCUCGUCGUCGAUGAGAUCGAGAUGCCCGUUAGUGAGGGGCUCAAACCCCGAGCUGCUCGCCGUGCCGCUCGCAUGCGUGCAGAGGUCUACUCCUUACUCUGCCGACCUGAUUCAUCGUGA